GCGUCAUUUCGCAUAGCUUAUUACUGAGGUUUGAUCUAGCGAGUUGCCGGUUUUUUAUUUUUGUGAAUUGAAACUAAAUUACAUGGAUAUAGAAUUACCAUACUCGGUCGAGUAUGCCAAAAGUGGCCGAGCAUCGUGUAAGGGAUGCAAAACGCCAAUUCCAAAAGAUUCAAUAAGAUUGGCAAUUAUGGUUCAGUCUCCCUUUCAUGAUGGAAAAGUUGCACAAUGGUAUCAUAAGAACUGUUUUUUCAAGAAACAAAGACCGGCGUCUGUGGGUGACAUUAAAAACUUUGAAAAUUUAAGAUAUGCGGAUCAAAAAGAAGUCGAAAAACUUAUAGGAACUGGAGAUCAAAUUGUGGAAAGUAUUACUGGUAAAAAACGUUCGAAAGAGGAAAGUCAAGCUUUAAAAGAUUUCGGAAUUGAAUACUCCAAAUCAGGUCGAGCAUCAUGCCGUGGUUGCGAAUUAAAAAUAAGUAAAGAUGAAGUCCGGGUAUCAAAGACCGUGUAUGAUACAGAAGUGGGAAUGAAAUAUGGUGGCCAGAAAUUAUGGCAUCACUUGGAAUGCUUCGCUAAAAUGCGAUCGGAAGUUGGUUGGUUUGACACUGGAGAAAAUUUACCUGGCUAUAAGCAGUUGAGUGCCGAGGAUAAAUCGGAGGUUAAAAAGUAUCUACCAGCAAUUAAAUCUGAAGAUACACCAGAUGCUAAAAAGCCGAAACUGGAGUUAGAAGAUGAGUCUGAGCAAAACGAAAAGGAUAUAAAAUUGAAAAACCAGAAUGACAUCUUAUUUAAAUUUCGCGAUGAAUUGAAGACUUCAGUAAAGAAGUCAGAUAUUGAGAAACUUUUAAAAUAUAACAAACAGGAACCCAUACUCGGCGAUUCUGAGAAACUCUUGGAUCAAGCAGCUGAUUUGCUGGCCUUUGGCGCUAUUGAAGCUUGUGCUGAUUGCAAAAGUUGUCAGUUUACUUUUAAUAAAUUUGGUUAUAGUUGUAAUGGUAACAUUUCGGAAUGGUCUAAAUGCACAAAGGUAUUAGUAGAGCCUAAGCGUUCGUCAUGUAAAAUUCCAAAUGAACUGAAAUUAUUAUAUCCGGGUUUUAAAACAUAUAAAAAAAAAAAAGAAAUAAGGAUUAUUCAGUACACACCCCCAAGUGCUUCAACUAUAGCUAAGGACAUUGCAAUUAAGAAAAAUCCUGAAGAACUUGAAGGACCAAAAGUAAAAAGGGAGCGACCACCACUAUAUAAUUUUACAUUUUCAACAAUUGGGCUGAAGGAUUGCGAGAUGAUAAUAAGAAAACGUAUUGGAAAAUUAGGCGGUAAAUAUGAUUCAAAAAUUUCUGAAGAUGUCACUGCCAUAAUAUCAAAUGAAAUUGAAGUUGAGAAGCAGAGUUCUCGCAUGAAAAAAGCUAAAGAAUUUGGCAUACAUAUUUUACCAAUGAAAUAUAUUGAUUGCGUUGAAAGCGAUGGUUCGGCUGCACUCACCCUUAUAAAUAGUAUGACACUUUGCGAUUGGGGUACGGAUCCGUCAAAUCGAAUUCCUCAUGACGAAAUAAAGAAGUCAAAGUCGAAAAGUAUCUACACUAAAUCCGUGCCAAAGUCCAUGACCCUUAAAGUUAAAAAUGGACUUGCUGUUGAUCCAGAUAGCGGCUUGGAGGAUAUUGCACACGUAUAUGUGAAAGGAAAAAAUAAGUAUAACAUUGUGCUCGGAUUGACUGAUAUACAGCGCAAUAAAAAUUCUUACUAUAAACUUCAACUAUUGGAAUCAGACAAGCAAAAUAAGUAUUGGAUCUUUCGUUCUUGGGGUCGUAUCGGCACAACUAUCGGUAAUUCAAAGGUAGAAAAUUUUAAUACUGUAAUAGAGGCAAUUCACAGCUUUAACGAGGUAUACGCAGAAAAAACUGGAAAUGAAUUUGAAAACAGAAAUAACUUUAUUAAAUACCCUGGUCGAAUGUACCCAAUCGAUAUUGAAUAUGAUGAUGAUAACAAGCUUGAAAAUGCUGAACAGGUUUCACAUAUUCCAUCUAAGUUAGACAUCGCCCUACAAAAUUUAAUCAAGCUAAUUUUCGAUGUGGAUUCCAUGAAAAAAACAAUGGUAGAAUUUCAUAUAGAUAUGGAAAAAAUGCCAUUGGGUAAACUAAGUUUAAAGCAACUGCAGUCGGCAUAUAAUGUUAUAAAUGAAAUAUAUGAAUUGAUCCUGAAACAGGCUUCAAAUGCUCGUUUUAUUGAUGCAAGCAAUCGAUUUUACACAUUAAUUCCCCACAAUUUUGGGGUAAAUGCACCACCAUUAAUUGAAACGGUUGAACAAGUUGAAAGUUUGCGACAAAUGCUAGACUCCCUUUCUGAGAUUGAAGUAGCUUACAAUAUAAUAAAGAACGAAAAUAAUGUUGAUAAUAUCAAUCCAGUCGACAAACAUUAUGAACAACUAAAAACACAUUUGGUAUCAUUGGACAAAAAGAGUGACGAAUUUGUUAUUCUAAACAAUUACGUUCAAAAUACGCAUGCAUCUACUCAUAGCUCAUAUGAGCUGGAAGUUAUUGACGUAUUUAAAGUAUCACGUCAGGGCGAAGCGCGUCGAUUUAAACCAUUCAAAAAGUUACAUAACCGUAAAUUGUUGUGGCACGGUUCACGACUUACUAACUUUGUGGGCAUUUUGUCGCACGGACUAAAAAUUGCGCCGCCAGAAGCACCACCAACUGGUUACAUGUUUGGAAAGGGCAUCUAUUUUGCCGAUAUGGUGUCCAAAUCGGCAAAUUAUUGUUGUACCAGUCAGCAAAACUCUACAGGACUGAUGCUUCUUUCUGAAGUAGCAUUAGGCGACAUGAUGGAGUGUACUUCUGCCAAAUAUGUUAAACAGUUGCCGAAAGAUAAACACAGCUGUUAUGGUCGUGGUCGCACAAUGCCAAACCCAAAAGAGUCGCACAUUCGGGAUGAUGGCGUUGAAAUACCUUUAGGAAAACCUAUAACUGAUGACGCUUUGAAGUCAUCCCUCUUGUACAAUGAAUUCAUCGUAUACGACGUUGCACAAGUUAAUGUUCAAUAUUUGUUCCGCCUUGAAUUUAAAUAUAAGUACUAAUAAACAAACCAUGUAAUUAAUAAUCGAAGUAAAAUUUCAUUCCAUAAUAAUUUUUACAAAAAUGUCAGCAAAAUUAUAUAUUAAAACGUAAUUUACUGCGAACUAUAAAAGCAAAUCGUUAUUUCUUUGUCGAUUCUUACUAUUAU